AUGGAUCCGGUAACCAACAGCUGCGUGAGGAACCCCCACCCUCCCGCCCCUGUCUGGGGCUGCCUUCGAAACCCCCACUCAGAAGGUAGCAGCGCUUCAGGGCUGUCCCAUUAUCCACCAACCCCGUUUUCCUUCCACCAAAAAUCAGAUUUCCCAGCGCCAGCAGCAUACCCCGACUUCUCUGCUUCCUGCCUGGCAGCCACUCCACACAGCCUGCCCCGGACAGAGCGCAUCUUCAACGAGCAACAUCCUGCCUUCCCACAGACCCCUGACUGGCACUUCCCCAUCUCCGAAGUCGGCCAAAGGCUCAACCCGGGCCCCGCUGGGAGCGCCAGAGAGAUGGGGGCCGGCAGCCCGGGCCUGGUAGAUGGCACAGGAGGAUCCGGUGAGGAUUACAUGAUACUUGGGAGCAUCGCCAGUGAGCCUGAGAAGAAACUGUCCAGAAGGAAAAAAGAACGGUCAGAUAACCAGGAGAAUGGGGGAAAGCCGGAAGGCAGCAGCAAGGCCCGGAAGGAAAGGACCGCCUUCACCAAGGAGCAGCUGCGGGAGCUAGAGGCCGAGUUCGCCCACCAUAACUACCUGACCAGGCUCCGUAGAUACGAGAUCGCCGUCAACCUGGACCUUUCGGAGCGGCAGGUCAAAGUGUGGUUCCAGAACCGGAGAAUGAAGUGGAAGCGUGUGAAGGGGGGUCAGCCCGUGUCCCCUCAUGAGCAGGACCCAGAGGAUGGGGACUCUGCAGCUUCUCCAACUUCAGAGUGAGAUGCUCCAAAGACCCAAACCCAAGAAAGACUGAACCCCCAUUCCUAGUCCUCCCACCCGGUCCUGCCAUCACCUCUUCUGGACUGACCCAGAGAAGCCUCUGCGCGUCUGAUGUCGACUCUUAGAUGUGAAAUUACCCAGUAUGUGGGAGCCUUGAAUUUCCCAGAUGUUAUAAUCCCUUCCCCAGAGCUUCAAUUUCCCAGACUCUCUUGAACUCCACAGUACCUAACUGGUCUGGGAAAAUCUAGAAACAGCAUCUGGUACACUUUUUUUGUGGGUCUCUUGGUUGCUACCCACACCUUCUGCCAUCCUUCUCCUAGAUCAGGGUCUCCUCUGGGUCUGGCCCCCAUCUGGCCUGUGCACAAUCCCUUCCUUGGUACCAGCUGGUGACUUGUGAAAGCACAACCCUCUCCAGAUGUCUGCACCAUUGAGAUGAAGGCUAGAAAGCGGCCCCUGUAUCUAAGGAUGGAGAGGAUAGCACAAGAGCUGAUGGACGAGGACCGACCUAGACAUGUGGACCAGGCUGCAGCAUCCUGUGCUCUCCAAGGACUGAGUACAAACGAGGACAGGAAAACAGCCCCUCUCCCUCCAUGGAUGCCUUUUGGCCUAUCCUGCAUGUUCCCUAAAGGCCGUUUUGUGAGAGAAACUCCCAGAUUCACACACAUGUGCAGCUCAGACCUCAGACCCAGCUUCUAAGGAUACUGCCGCAAAGAGCCUUGGGCAACAGCCGCCUGGGAGGAGGACCCCUGUGUGCUGCAGUAUUAGAUGCUGGGUCCCUGCUGGUGCUGCAGAAGGAGGUCAGCAAGUAUUUUAAUUUCUUGUGUGUAGAUUUGGUCAUGGGUGUUUAAAAAUAACCCAAGUCCCCCAUCCCAUAAAGACAAAAGCUGUGGAAAAUGAUUGUCAAAUGGGAUUGGGAUAGCAGGUUAGAGCAUGUAUCAUUUUCCCCCUAAAGUAUACUUCA